AACCCAUAGUAGAGCGACCUCUCCGCGAGAUCUCUCUCCCACUCCUCGCCGCCGUCGAACCGCCGCCUCGCCGUCGCCGUCGCCGGCGCCGAGCACCACCACCCAUAUGGCGUCCCCCGACCUCCUCUUCAACUUGCGCAACCUCUUCUACCUCGGCGCCUACCAGGCCGCCAUCAACAACAGCGACGUCCCGGGGCUCGACGCCGACGCGGCCGCCGAGCGCGACGCCAUCGUCUUCCGCUCCUACGUCGCGCUCGGCUCCUACCAGUUGGUGAUCAGCGAGAUCGACUCGUCCGCGGCGACGUCGCUGCAGGCAGUGAAGCUGCUCGCGCUGUACCUCUCCGGAGACAAGGAAGGUCCGAUUUCCAGUCUGAAGGAAUGGUUGAGUGAUUCUGCAAUUGCAAGCAAUCCUGUUUUGCGAUUGAUUGCUGGAAUUAUAUUUAUGCAUGAGCAAGACUACACUGAGGCUCUCAAGCACACACACUCUGGUGGAACCCUGGACCUGCAUGCUUUGAAUGUCCAGAUCUUCAUUAAGAUGCACCGUUCAGACUAUGCUGAGAAGCAACUGAAGAUCAUGCAACAAAUUGAUGAGGACCAUACACUGACACAACUUGCAAACGCAUGGCUGGACAUUGCUGUUGGUGGUUCUAAGAUCCGUGAAGCUUAUCUUAUAUUCCAAGACUUUGCUGAAAAAUACCCAAUGACAGGAACGGUUCUAAAUGGAAAGGCAGUUUGCUGUAUGCACAUGGGGAGCUUUGAUGAGGCUGAGACUCUAUUACUUGAAGCAUUAAACAAGGAUGCAAAAGAUCCCGAAACUCUUGCCAAUCUUAUUGUAUGUAAUCUCCACCUUGGCAAACCAUCAUCACGGUACCUCAGCCAGCUGAAACUAUCGCAUCCCGAUCAUGUGCUAGUUAAGCGUGCCGCAUCGGCGGAAGACACCUUCGAGAGAGCGCUCCAAGCCAUUGCUUGAACUCGUCCGCGGAAACGCCCCUGCCAGAUUGCAGAUAACACAUAUUGAUCCCUUGUUCCCUCCAUUUUGAGUGUCUUAACAACGUGAAAUUAUGUUGCAUUUGCUCAGUCCGUUUUACUCGAAUGGUGAUACCACCGGGGCCAAUCUUGUACUCGGAACCCAAACCCUACUGUAUAAACGAGUUAUAUAUGUAGAAUCUUGAAUGGUGACAUUGACAUUUUGUUACAUUCUGCUUGAUGGAUUGUUCCAAUCGUCGAUUCGUUGUA